UUCGAAUUGCAAAGUAGUAAAAUUGAAAUCUUUCGUUUAAAUGCAAAAUCUUUUUUCAUUUGGAUGGAUUACUUAACAUCAAGAUCCCUGUCUAUAAAUCACUGUCUAUAUGGAUAGUCUCAUUCAAUUUAUGUGGGCUAAAGCACCUUGACAUGCUCUAAAUAUACAGCUUUAAUAGCAGGAGACUCCAUUUGCAAUCUCUUAACCUACAUAGACCACAGUGUGUCAGCAUUUGACCUGACUUUAGGUCCUAGGUGCUGGCCUUUGAAGGAUAUCUCACAUGCUAUUGAUCUUGCUGCCAUUUGGGGUUAAUAGGAGCAGACAAUCAGAAUAACGAAAAGAGUCUUUUAGACAACAACACUACAAGGAUCUCCUGAAGCCCUACCUAAAAUAUUAAGCACUGAUAUUCAGUAUCCAUAUUCAUAUAUUAUAAUAAUUUAAGAGUCACCAAAAGUGAAGCAUUCUAUGCAGGGUUUUGUUAUUAAAAGGGUGGUGGGAAAUUAAACAGGUAUCUGGUGGCAUAAGAUGAGGUGCUGUGUCUUUACUGCAUGGCCCUAGGCUGGGGUCUAGUCUUGUGCUUCUUAAAGAUCAAUAGUGAGGUCCCUUUCCAGAUGGAGCUACUAUUGAUUUACCCUCCCCCUCAAAUGAACAUAACGGCUGGUAUGUCAUCCCCAGAAAGAUCAAUGAAUUCUUGUAACACACACUUUUGGGAUAAAACAGGAGAUGAUUGGUGCUUGUUGAAUGUGAUUAAGAAGUGCAUUUCUUCCUGCCGUGCUCUAGGUGGCUCCCUCAAGCCUCAUGAAUACUGAGCCUUAUCUUUCACUAUACAAUCAAAUAAAAGCGAUGCUGACUUGCCAUUUUAAAGUUCAGAGUUGAGUAAGUCAGUUGUAAAUAACACUUGCAGCUCUUGUAUUGAUAAUUUAUGAAACAACAUACUAAGUGAUGUAUAAUAAUCACACAAACAAUGUGCUGUUAUAGUUACAAGCUAUAAAUGAUAGUAGAUGUUAAAUAAAUUUGCUUAAAGUUGAAGGACGGAAUUACAUAAUGACUUUCAUAAUAUGGUACACAGCCGUAAGCAUUAUAGCCCCACAUCGUUUGCCAAGGUUGGUGUGCACUGGGUUCUGACCCCAAUCCCACUGAACACCUUAGGAUGAAUUGAAAUUCAGACUAUGUGCCAGACCUUUUACCCAACAUCAUUGCCAGACCUCACUAAUGCUCUUGCAGCUGAAUAGGCAGAAAUUCACAGAGAUGCAUUCCAAAAUCACGUGAAAAGCCUUCCCAGAAAAGUGAUGCUCAUUAUAGCACCAAAGGGGGUGGAAUAAAUCCUAAAUGGUAUGUUUAUCAUGAUCAUAGGUAUGACUGGUCAUGUAUAUUUAUAUUUAUAUUUAUAUGAUUAUAAUAUAUAUAUUAUAUAAACAUGUAAAAUAUUCAACAUGUUGCAGCUGUAACCAGAAACUUUUAAAACUCCAUUCAAAUUAUAAUAUAUUUUAUUAUAGUUUUAUUUUGGAUAAUCACAGUCAUAUUGAAAUUCUAGAUGUCAUCAAUCAUAGUUAGUAUUAACUUUCAACUUUCCCAUUAUUCCAGUUUAAGCUAUCUUUUUGAAGAGGCAGGACAUUAUUCUUUUUGGGUCACACCUGGAGAUGCACUUAAAGUAACCUGCUCUAUUUCUCUGGAUAAGUUUCCACAUAACACAUAUCAACGUAAGUGCAAACUACUUGAAUUAUUGUGUAACACAAUGCCUUUUUUCUCAGUUUAGCAGACAGGUUUAUGCUGUCGGAACAUCUCUAAGUUUCUACCUCUGCUUACAAAUUCACACAUCACCUAAACUAUAUGAUUUACAUGUCUGUAGUUACAAAACAGAAGUAUAAUAACAUCUAUACACAUCGUACAGUGUAACACUUAAAUCAUUGCUACCUGUGAUUUAAUCAAAUCAAAGAUUCUGUUGGAUCCGUAUGUCAAUAUGAAUCGAAACAUCUUGUGAUCUUGACUUCUGUGGAAAAAUGUUUUUUUUUUGCAUCCCAGGGGCUGGAUCUGUACAAUAUUGAUUCAAUAAGCUGCCCCUUCCUUCAAAAAAAAAAAAAAAACAGCUAAAAGGAAAGCUUUUCUGCCAUGUUUGUUUUGGAAAAUGCCCCAUGAGAGGAGCAUUGUGGGAAAUACAUUAGAGGAGCAAGGAGGAUUAAGACAUAAUGGGAUUUUGAAAGCACCAUGCUCCAUAAUGCAGAGUCUAUUUAACAAUAGUGCAGAUUAUGUUGUAGAUCAGACUUUAAGGGAGGAGACCACAAAUCAAGCCAGUAUGGACCUAAGCCAACCAAAAUCAUCCCGUUUAAAAUCAUUAGACACAUUUCGAGGCUUCUCUAUCACCCUCAUGGUGUUUGUAAACUAUGGAGGUGGAGGAUACUGGUUUCUUCAGCAUGCACCAUGGAAUGGCCUUACCAUAGCUGAUCUUGUGAUGCCCUGGUUUGUAUUCAUAAUAGGGACAUCGAUAAUGUUAGCCUUUAGUUCCAUGCAAAGAAAAGGUGUGACAAGACUCCAACUUUUGCGCAAACUGAGCUGGAGGACAGUGGUGCUCAUGUUUAUUGGGUUCUGCUUCAUUAACUACAGCCCCAGAGAUGGUUUAUUGUCAUGGUCCUGGCUGCGGAUUCCUGGAGUGCUUCAGCGUCUGGCUUUCACAUACUUCAUCCUGUCACUGAUGCAGAUGUUCUCUCCCUACCAAGAAAUCCCACCAACUCAGGUUCACUGGUGGAUCCCUGUUCAGGAUGUGGUGCUCUACUGGCCUCAGUGGAUUUUCAUUUUGCUGCUGGAGACGGUGUGGCUGUGUGUCACCUUCCUGCUGCCGGUACCUGACUGUCCCAUAGGGUAUUUAGGAGCAGGAGGUAUAGGAGAUAAUGGUCUAUAUCCAAACUGCACUGGAGGAGCUGCUGCAUAUAUAGAUAAAUGGUUAUUAGGACACAAUAUCUACUGGCAUCCAACAUGCAAGGCCAUGUAUCACACAACUCAACCCUUUGACCCAGAAGGAGUCCUAGGUACUAUUAAUUCUAUUGUCAUGGGAUUCAUUGGGAUGCAAGCAGGAAAGAUUUUCCUCUUUUACCGCAAGCUGAACAAUAAGAUCAUCAUACGGUUCACAAUCUGGGCUUUCAUCCUGGGAAUCAUGGCGGCCAUCCUUUCUAAGUGCACACGAGACUCUGGAUUUAUACCUGUCAAUAAAAACCUUUGGUCUCUGUCCUAUGUGGCCUGCAUGGGCUCUAUGUCUUUUGUGUUACUGGGCAUGAUGUAUUUUUUUGUGGACAUCAAGGGAUGGUGGGGUGGCCAACCCUUCAUUUAUCCAGGAAUGAACUCCAUCUUGGUAUAUGUAGGCCAUUCUCUGCUGGGAUUUUACUUUCCAUUCAGCUGGGAGAUGCGCUACCAGGACAGUCACUGGGAGCCCCUAUUCCAGAGCCUGUGGGGAACUGCACUAUGGAUUUUUGUUUCCUAUCUACUCUACCGCAAACAUUUUUUUCUCAAAAUCUAAAUCUGUCAUUUGUUUGCUUGUCAAUAGCGAACAUUUAAAUUGGAUGGAUGACCCAACUGCCACAUACGUAUCUUGUUUUUUUUCUCAAAUUAAUGCUUAUCUAUUAGUCAUGAUGUAUUAGUUUAAUCCAUAAAGCUGAAUGUAGAAUGUUCCAGUUCUCAUUUAGUAAAUAGGUAUCUGUGCUAAAA